UUUUUGCCUUUGAAAUGAUUAAAAAUCAUAAUUAUGAAUUACUACGUGAAAACUAAAGGGAGGAGGGGGGUCUUGGCAUAUACUACGAGUCAUCACCGAGGGGAAGGAGAGGUCGAAAAAAUUAAAAAAAUUGGUCACGUAGUAUGGGUACGUUCCCUUUCCCAAACGAGCAGGCAAAUGUGCACAUUUACCGGAAAAUGUGUACAUUUGCCGCAAUAUCUACUUUUACCGUAACAUAUAGAUUACAUAAUUCUAUACAUCAUCCGUCAUCCAAAAUACGACUACACCGGAAGCCUGGCAGUGCCGGAUUAACCAUAUAGCAAGAGUAGCAAUUGCUACGGGCCCCGCGCGAACGGGGGCCCCGCAUAUUUAAACCCACUCAUCUCUGCCCGAGCCAUAGAGUUACUAGGUACUUAUUAACUCCAUGACCCGAGCUUAAUUUUUUGAGUGACUUAUUAAGAAAAAGUUGUUUGUAUAAACGUGUAGAAUUUCAAUCAGCCUGAUAAUCAGCUCUACCCGACACAGUGUGGAUGUGUAGCAGAAUUGAGAUGGCUCGAUAUAACCGCUUAAUUGCCCCGUAGACUACCAGUCUACAAAAUUCUGCACCUUAUUAUGCCCCGUAGACCACAAGUCUACUAGAUUUAGGACCAUUAAAUUGCCCGUGUGGACUAGUGGUCUACAAGCCCUCUUGACUUGACAUUCCUCUAGUUUUAUGAAUAUUAUCCGUCUUGCUCGUUCAUUAGUGUGUUUAUAUAUAUCUUUCCUGCUUCUUUGUUAAAUUUCCAACCAAAUAAAGCCAAUAGACCGUAUUCCAGUCCUGGAAAAAAUUAUAAAAAAACAAAGUUGAAGUUGUCAUUUGCAAAUGUGUGGUUCGCGUGUGCUGUGAUAUAAGUGUUGUGCCGAAUUGUGAAGAAUUUUAAUACUUACGCCGGGACGAUAAAAUUAGAAGCAAUUUGAGUCAGAAACUUUAAAAUCCGACUGACAAGUGUUCAUGGUGCAGUUAAGGCUAGGAGCACACCGAGAGAUCGUGUGAUCCGGAAUCCGGUAGAUAUAUUUUUCUAAGCGAUUGUGUUACUUGUGUUACUUUGGCUUAUGAAAAUGCUUCUGAAUGUUUUUUUAUUUAUCUUGGUUCAUGAUGCAGUUAAGGUUAGGUGCAGACGGAGUAAUCGCGCGUUCCGGACUGGAUUUUUUUCUGUACGCUUGUCCGAAAUUAAUUAUUUUAUUAAAUUUUACUGCUUGUGAAUGUGAAAUGCUUGCUGCUGGUUUUUAUUUUUUCUCUUCUAUUUGUUUUUGACUGCUUAUUGCAUGUGACGCAGAAAUUGUAAGCCAAAGUGGUCAGGGUGCCAUGAGACCACGUCGGGGCUUGGGAGCGGCGAGAGGACGUGGAGCUGCUCGAGGUGGUGGUCAGAGGGGCGUCAGGGGCGGUAGGGGUGGCCGUAGGCCACGCUGUGCCCGAUCUUUGCCUUUUUCACAUCUUGGAGAUGAAAACGUGGAAGUGGAAACUUCUCCAGGCCCAUCUGGAAUUCCACAACGGCCUUCAUUGACAGAGCAAUUGAAAGUCGCCAAGGUGGCGAGGCUUUUGGAUAAAAAGCAUGAGAAUUUGCUGUCUGCGGACCAAAAAAAGGAGCUGGCCAGGCUGCGCGAUGGCAAGCAAGUGGGCAAUUUUAAAAUGCCAGAUGCUCCAGAACCACAAAGAGGAAGAGGAAAGGGAAAGGGGAAGGGCAAAGGAAGGGGCAGUGAAGACUCGCGGAUGUGGAGGCCAUGCCCACUUUUACCUGGGGUACCAACUGUCCCUCCUCCACGUGUACGUCAGUCGUGGGAAUUGCAACAGCAACGCCCGAUUGAUAUCACCGCGGAGCAGGAGGGUGAGGAUGAUGACAUCGAAAGCUAUUUUCUUCCAGAUAUCACCGAGGAUGAGGAGAUGCGUCCUCCCCUCCUCGAGGAUGAGGAGGCCGUUCCUUCUGCAGGGACCCCACCUCAAGCGAAGAAACGCAAGAUCCAAUUUUCGCCCUCGAUGGGGAUCAUCCAGGCUACUGCAUUGCCUCAAAAUAUCGUGCCAGCAGAGAUAGAACUCCUGGGGUUUACACCUUCUUCUACCGGUACUCGAACAGCGCUUGACUCUGGAAGAAGUAAUUACAGUAUGGAUAUCGAUAUAGAUAUGGAGCGUGACUUCAUAGAGCCUGGCGAAGGCAGCGAAGUAGAUGAAGGUGAUUCGGCGAAUAUGGUCGGUAUGAUCGAUAAUUCUUUGAAACCAAGACGAAUCGAUGAUUUUCCGAUGGACUUAGACAGUAUUGCUGAACAUGAGGUAGUUGAGGUGAUACAGGAGCUGGACAAUGCUGCCGACGAAGUCCUUCGGAACGUGGUAGGACCGGAAACCGAUCUGCUUCAUUUUGACUGGCGAGGCGAGCCGGAAAAUUUUGAGUCUGUCAGGGAAGCAUUUACUGUGCCAUCUACUGGACCAACGUUUGAUAACGCCGAUUUAAUUCCCUUAGAUGUUUUUUUCAAGAUUUGGGAUGCAGAUAUUAUUGCUUACAUCGUGCGCGAAACCAACCGCUACGGUGCUCAGCUAAUAAGGUCGACCAUUCCAUCCAAGCCAAAUUCUAGAUUAAGCCGUUGGAAAGACGUCACCAGUGACGAAAUCCUACGGUUUUUAGCAGUUUUAAUGUUACAGUCACUAGUUAUAGAUUAUGUGGAGCGCGAAUAUUGGUAUGCCGUGAUUGAAGAACUCCAAAUAGGCAAUUUUAAAGAAAUAAUGACUUAUAACCGUUUCAUCGUCAUCAAACGUUGUCUCCAUUUUAUAGACAAUGCCACUUUGCCCGUGCCGCCUACCAAACUCGAUAAAAUCAUCCCCAUCAUAGAGCACCUAAACAAAAAAUUUAAGUCUUUAUACGUACUAGAACAAAAUAUAGCAAUUGACGAGUCACUCCUUCUUUGGAAGGGGCGCCUCUCAUUUGCGCAAAAAAUUGCUACAAAAAGAGCUCGAGUAGGUAUAAAGUCUUACGAGUUAUGUGAAUCCAGGACUGGAUAUUUAUGGCAGAUGGAGGUCUACACGGGCAAAGGGCACGCACAUGUGGUACAAGACGGGGAGCCGGAAGAGCGCGGGCAAGAGUCUGACGAGCCGGAGAGUGCCACGGCCCAGAUUGUGCUGAACUUAACGAGACCACUUUUUGAUAAAGGCCAUACAUUAAUAAUGGACAAUUUUUAUAAUGCGCCACUUUUGUCUCGGAUCCUAAAAGUUCAGCACAAGACUGAUUCGAUGGGUACUCUACGACUUAACAGAGAGUUUGUCCCCGAAGCUCUUAAAAAAAAAACAAAAAAAAACAUGAAGGAGGGCGAGGUGGCAUUCAGCACAACCAAAGACCUCAGUGUGGUUGUGUGGAUGGACAAAAAUAUUGUGGCAAUGAUUUCUUCUUUCCAUCCCAUAGAAGUCGGCGGCAUUGAAAAAUACGGUUAUUACCGGUACAAACCGCAAGUUGUUCUUGAUUAUAAUUUCUCAAUGGGCGGCAUCGACCACAAAGAUCAAAUGCUGUCUGCCUAUCCCAUUGAGAGAUCACGUAACAUAAUCUGGUACAAAAAAUUAUUUCGCCGACUUUUAAAUGUAUCGAUGCAUAAUGCUCUCGUGAUGUUCAACCACAACCGCACUCACGCCCUUCGUCACCGUGAAUUCCGCCUGCAGUUGGCAAAGCAACUGCUGCAAAGCAGCAGAUCAGCAGCACCUUCCCGGUCUUUAGCACCGGCAGCACGACCAGAACCAGCGGCAUGCAUACGGGACAUGCACUUGCCAGGAAAAAAUACAAAAAAACAGCGCUGCAAGCUCUGCUACUCUGCCAAAGUGCAGCGCUCGACGGUGUGGCGGUGUACCACCUGCAAUGUCAAUCUGUGUAUCGUAGGAUGCUACACCGUAUACCAUAUCAAUCUAGCGCAAACGCCCGCCGUUUAGUGCAAGUUGUUUUUUGUUUUUUUGUUUACUCCGGAUCCGACUACCUAGUCUACGUCAGAGUACGUAUCAAAAUAUAUAAAAUCAAUAUACAUAAGGUCGAAAUAAAUAAAGUCAAAGUGCCGAAAUUCGAAAUACAUAAAGUAUCAAAAUAUAUAAGUUCCAGUAUCUGUUGUUCUGGUCAUCAUCAGACCCUGGAAACUUUUUACAGAGAAGUUGCUACAUCUCUGGAAGUAUUUAGAUGAAAAACGACUUCAAUAACUUGUUCCGUUCCUCAGUUCCAGUAUCUGUUGUUCUGGUCAUCAUCAUACCCUGCAAACUUUCCACAGAGAAGUUGCUAAACCUACGGAAGUAAUAAUUAACUUUAGGCAUUUUGGGAUGGGUGUCACAGAUAGUCAACAACAAACAAAACCGACCGACAAAACUCCGGAUCAAGAAAAAAUAAUGUUCCGGAUCACACUCGGUGUGUACCGAACCUUAAAUAUUGGUGUAGCCCGCUGAUUUUGUUGUUUACUCUUGAAUAUGUUUUUGUAAUACAGUACAAUACACAAGUGUGAUAUAUUUUUAGAAAGGGCUUGAAAUGUUCUAUUUGGUAUGAUUAUUCUUGUUUUUACAUUGUCUAUUUUUUAGAACAAAAAAUAUGUAAAACUACAAAGAUUUCACUGUGCGAAUGAGACCUGUAGCACUAAUUUUAACAUAUUUCAGUAAUGGCUAAUGCUAUCGAUUGGAUUUUUGUAUAUUUUGUAAGAAUGUAAGAUAGCCCAUAUUAUACUACUUAAAUUGUAGGCCUAAAUGUGAUAUUUGCGCAUCUGUGAUGAUAAAAGUUUGUCUAGAAUUACGGCUUGCGCCGCCAAAUUUUUAUGCAAAAUAAAAGAGCUGUAAAUAAAUAUUUUUGUAGGAA